AUGCGAUUCUCCAACAGGCGUCGUCCAGCUAUCGUCAAAGUUGAAAAAUCGCUUCUUUUUGAGCCAAUUAUUCCUCGAAAUUCACGUAUUUUUCAACUUUUGCAAGGGCACCAAAUAAUAAUCAAAGAAAGAAAAGAUUGUUGGCAGACUCCGUCUGACCUUUCUUGGGAUAUUGACUUCGACGAAAGUAACCGAGCUGAGUUUUCUGAUUUUUCUCAAUCAGAUCCUUAUGAAAAUGCGUCGAUUAGUACAAUGAGCAAAGCGGCCUUCGAUGAAGACAUUGACUUGGAAAUGAUGGACGAUGGAAUCAGCACGAAUUCUGGAGGAAGCAAUGACAUCAACAACGAUCAGUCACUUUCUGAGUACGAGGAAAGAAGCUUCAGCAACAGCUCGGCGAUUGUGUACGAAUGGGAAGACCUGAAUAUCGACGAGAUUUCUGCUUUGGUCAGACACUAA